CCGGGGCGGAGGGAAGGGCGGGGGGCGCGGGGUGACGCCGCUGCCGACACAAGGGGGCCGCGGCGCGGGCUCGGCGCGGGGCCUAGGGCGGCGGCGGCGGCGGGAGGGGACGGGCGGCGGCGGCGGCGCCUCCCCGGCGGUCGCUCCCGGCCCUCGCCCCGGCACCUCCCUCGUCCCCUCCCUCGGCCCGCCCGUGUCCGCCCCGCGGAUGGCGGCGGCGGCGGCAGCGGCCGCCCCGGCUCUUUAUGCCUGCACCAAGUGCAACCAGCGGUACCCGUUCGAGGAGCUCUCGCAGGGACAGCAGCUCUGCAAGGAGUGCCGGAUCGCCCACCCCAUCGUGAAAUGCACUUACUGCCGGUCCGAGUUCCAGCAGGAGAGCAAAACUAACACGAUAUGCAAGAAGUGUGCCCAGAACGUGAAGCAGUUUGGAACGCCCAAGCCUUGUCAGUAUUGCAAUAUUAUUGCAGCAUUUAUCGGCACAAAAUGUCAGCGUUGCACCAACUCAGAGAAGAAGUAUGGCCCACCUCAGACCUGUGAACAGUGCAAACAGCAGUGUGCUUUUGACCGAAAAGAGGAGGGAAGAAGGAAGGUUGAUGGAAAGUUGUUGUGUUGGCUCUGCACGCUGUCCUACAAGAGAGUGCUACAGAAGACAAAAGAACAGAGGAAGAGCCUAGGAUCUUCACAUUCCAACUCCUCAUCCUCAUCUCUUACUGAGAAAGACCAGCAUCAUUCAAAACACCACCACCAUCACCACCACCAUCAUCGUCACAGCAGCAGUCAUCACAAAAUCAGCAGCCUGAGUCCAGAACAAGAUCAGGGACUAUGGAAACAGAGCCAUAAAUCCUCUGCAGCUAUUCAGAAUGAAACUCCAAAGAAAAAACCCAAACUGGAAUCCAAGCCAUCAAAUGGAGAUAGUAGCUCUAUAAAUCAGUCAGCAGACAGUGGAGGAACUGACAACUUUGUCCUCAUAAGUCAGCUGAAAGAAGAAGUAAUGUCACUUAAACGUCUUCUGCAGCAAAGAGAUCAGACUAUUUUAGAAAAAGAUAAAAAGUUGACAGAACUGAAGGCAGACUUCCAGUACCAGGAGUCUAACUUGAGGACAAAGAUGAACAGCAUGGAGAAAGCUCACAAGGAAACUGUGGAACAGUUGCAGGCCAAAAACAGAGAACUGCUCAAACAGGUUGCAGCAUUGUCAAAGGGUAAAAAGUUUGAUAAAAGCGGGAGUAUACUGACGUCUCCGUGAGGAACUGGUUAUUUGUGGGGUUUGCUACUCAAUGUACCUUUGAGUUAUUCUGUGAAGCCCUUAAAAUCCUGUGUAGUGGAAAAAAAUAUUUUUGCACACCAGAUUAGUUGGCAUGUUUCCUACAUGUUUUUAUAAUUAAUAUGCAGCUUUUUUUAGUUACUGUUCAGAUGAAAUACUUCAACUGGCUUGAAGAAUGUUUUUAUUUUUUUGAUAUUGGAAACUUUUUGCCAGCAAUAGUAUUAAACGAUUGCAUAGAGAACAUAGCCGUGCUCUCUCUAAAAGGACAACAUGCAAUAACAAGCUAGGUGUACUUUUUACAAAGCAGCAACUUUUAAACUCCACUGAUGUCAGCCAAAAGUUUAUGAAUCUGCAGUGACACUGAACACUGGUUUCUGGCAACUGUUCUUUUACUUUGUAUCAAAAUACAAAUCUAGAGUGGAAAUCAUGGUGCUCUCAAGUGAAACUAAAAGAAAAAAAGGCAUAUAUGUAAGUGUAAAUACAACUGUAACGGUUAUAUUCUUUAGUUAUAACACGUAAUUAGUGUUUUACAUUCUUGUGAUUGGGAUUUACUGAAAGAUUAUCUAUUGUACAGUAACAGAGGCAGUGUGGUUUUUGUAAGAUUUACUGUAGAUUUUUCUUGCAAGUGCCUUUCUCCAACUGUUUAUUUAUAGGAAUGUUGGUAUUUUGUACAUAAGGUUUUUAUGUUUUAAAAUCAUGUUUAAUAAAUGUUUUAUGUAAAUAUAAAUGUGUGUACAGAAGAAUCCGAAACAAAGAUCAAAGUGGCUAGUGCAGUGCUUGAAGCAGUGAUAAGAGCUAGCUAAUUGAUGGACAGUGAGUAUUGGCUUUAGAUAACCUUUGUAGCUUGUGUCUGUGAGGUGUAGAAUUUUGUUAGUGCUGCUCAUGCCAAACACUUCCUGAACAAAAAACAAACUGGUUUUUGCCACACUGGAGUUUAGUGAAUUGUUGAUAUUUUUUUCCCAUUUGGCACAGCACUAAUUUUAAUUCCAUAGCAGACAUUGUAAUCCCAAUGUUGUAUCCUUAAUUAGUGAUACACACCCAAAGUCUUACAAAAAUUUAUCCCCAUUGUCCGAUUUAAUGUACUUGGUUGUAACUUAUGGUGAUUCUUCUUAAUGAAUUGCGAGAUUCUCAUCCACCCAAUAAAGAUACACAAUGAGAAAAGAGUAGCCAAAACUAAUGGCCUUGAAAUUAAGGGAGUGGAUGUGGUGUCAAAGGGUGGGUUGUUUUAAUGUUGUGGGUAGAUUUUGAUUCUAAAUUACAUCAGUUUAAGUUUAGCUCUGCUCCUAAGGGACAUUAGUCAUAUUCAGAAAUCUCUAUUAAACAUACUUUAGUAUACCCCAAGGUCUCAACUCAGGAAGGUGAGUUAUGGAUCAGCAUGAAGUAAGUGAAGUAGACAUCUGUAAGUAAAGAUUUAGUUCAGCUCUGGGUACUGACUGGUAACAGGGUAACUGCUGAUAUUUCAGUAAGCUUAACUGUGUAGAAUAAAGUACACACCUUUUAAUUAAAGAACCAAAAUCUAAUGUUCCUUGGCUGUCUGCCCUUGUACUGAACUGUGAACACUUUUUCAGUAGUUCAGACAAGUACCAGCAGUGACAGACUACUGAAUGAUUUGAAAAGAAUCUUGUUUCAUACGGUAUACAUGUACUUUUAUACCCUAAAAUCGACUUCGUAUGUUUAUAAACGCUCUUCUUUAAACUUGCUAAAAUCCCCUUUGGGGAUGAUGUUUGGGGUUUUUUUAAUAUACAAAUGUAUGACUUUCAUUAAUUCAGAAUUAGUAUUUGAUAAUUUUUUCCCAGUUGAAAAAUUAUGGUAACCCAUCGUUGGUGAAAUUGGGUUUAAAAAAUAGAAGUGCUUAACAAAUUGAAAUGUUUGAAUUAAGAUUACUCAAUCGUACCUGUUCAAGCCGCAGGAAGGACAUUUUAAAGGAACAAACUGAAGUUCUGUAUUAGAAGUAAUGGACUUUAUAAAUCCCAGUCAGAAAAAUUUUUAGGGACUUUUCUUCCAUAAUCUCAUUUUUAACAUGAAUUUUUAAAAGUUGUAAACUAGCCAACUGAAUCCCAGUCCUGCAAAUAGCGUCCUGGAGCUGUAGAUUAUAGACAUGAUAAACUGAUGUUCUUUAAACGUGGAUCUGCGAGGAGAUUGUUGUACUGUAUUGUGCUUUUUAGCCUGUUUCCAGAUGUUGAUUAGCAUUGACCAAUAAUGGCCAUUUUGGCUCAAGUUAUUUAUGUAUUUUAAGCCUGUGAAUAUUGCAGCCCCCUUUUAGAUAGGAUGUCUAAAUACACGUUCUGCAGUGAAGCUUUUCAGCUGUCCACAUGUAUAGACUAUUGAAAUACUGUACUGGCACACAUCUGACCGUUGACAUUUUGUACCUUUUCUAAAUCCAAUGUUUCACAAUAAAAUCUUGUCAAAACA